AUGGGGAGUGUUAAAACGGGAAUUGUGAGGGGAUUUGCCGUCUUCUGCCCGGCUCUGUCUCUUUGCUUCUCCUCUUACUUCACUGGUGCAAUCUCACACACACAGAGACACACACAGAGACACACACACACACCACCACACACACACACACACACACACACACACACACACACAAACACACAGAUACAGACACAGACGAACACACCUCCACAGACACAGACACAGACACCAACUAACAGUAAAACAGAUGAACUGCAAAUUCGACCGGUAAUAACCAAGAAAUAGUC